CCUGCCUUUCUUUGUUUAUCUUACAAAAUAGUUCUGAGAUUCAAUGGCCUCUAUCGAUAAUAAUAUUGACUACUAUUCCCCAUAUUUUCCCCUACAACCUUAUCAUCCUUUUCGGCCUCCACCACCUCAGAAACCAGUUGCUCCUCCAUGUCCUCCGCCACCAUGUCCUCCGAAGCCAAUUGCUCCUCCGCCACCACGCAAGCCAAUUACGCCGCCUCCGCCACCUCAGAAACCAAUUGCUCCUCCACCGCCACGCAAGCCAAUUACACCGCCUCCACCACCUCCAAAACCAGUUGCUCCUCCGCCGCCACGCAAGCCAACGACGCCGCCUCCACCACCUCCAAAACCGGUUGCUCCUCCGCCGCCACGCAAGCCAACGACGUCGCCUCCGCCACCUCCAAAACCGGUUGCUCCUCCACCACCACGCAAGCCAAUUACGCCGCCUCCACCACCUCCAAAACCGGUUGCUCCUCCACCGCCACGCAAGCCAAUUACGCCGCCUCCGCCACCUCCAAAACCAGUUGCUCCUCCACCUCCACACAAGCCAAUUACGCCGCCUCCGCCACCUCAGAAACCAGUUGCUCCUCCGCCGCCACGCAAGCCAAUCACUCCUCCUCCGCCACCACAGAAACCAGUUGCUCCUCCGCCUCCACACAAGCCAAUCACUCCUCCACCGCCCCCAAAACCGGUUGCUCCGCCACCACCACGCAAGCCAGUUACGCCUCCACCACCCCACAAGCCAAUGGCACCCCCACCACCAUACAAGCCAAUAUCUCCCCCAUCUCUGCCGCCGCCGCCUUCCCCGGACAACCACCCGACGGUAAUAAUCGUAGUGUUUGUGUCAUUGGGUGGGCUUUUCCUGCUUGCAUUCAUGGCAGCCGCACUAUUCUGUUUUGUGAAAAAGAGAAAGGAGAAAAGUGUGGAAGAAACAGAUAUCAUACACAUUGAGGAACACAGGAAGAUCAAAGAGGCCAUAGUUGCAGGACCCCAUGGAUCAUACCAAACUGUGGUGCUAUCAGUUGAAGAUGACGUCCACGUUGAUGAAGAAAUCAGAAGGAGCGAAAAGGUUGAUGAUAAAGGGUUGCAUCGUAUGCACGAAGCAGGCGAUCCAAGCACCAUACAAGAGCCAACACUUUCAUCUUCCACUCAUCAUCAUCCUCAUCAAAAGCCUUCCUAAAAACCACAAAAUUUUAAUCACUUUCGACAAAACAAGUUUAAUAAAAUAUAAACAAAACCCCAACUAUAUAUAUGUGAUUAUUCGUACCGAUAAUAAACUGAUUUGAUUUUUUU